GAGGUGGCUCCGCGGCUUCCUCCUCCACCUCCACUUCCUCCUUCACGGGACCCCGGGCUCGGGCCCAGCCUGCGGCACUGCCAUGCUCCGGCGGAGGCGCGGGGGCCGCGUGAGCGCCCUAGAGGGCGGCCGGGAGGAAGAGGCGCCCCCGGCGGCGGCGCCCCGUGCGCUGUUACUGGCCCCGCAGCAGCCGGAGGCAGCGGCGGAGCAGAUUCUGCUCCGGGGCAUCUUCGAGAUCGGGUGGGACAGCUGUGACGUGGUGCUGAGCGAGCGGGCUCUGAGGUGGCGGCCCAUCCUGCCCGAGCGCCCUGCGGGUGUUUCCAAGUUUGAUUUACUAUGUAAAGAAGAAUUUAUUGAACUCAAAGACAUAUUCUCUGUGAAACUGAAACGACGUUGUUCUGCUAAACAGCAGAGUAGUGGUACUUUACUAGGAAUCACACUCUUCAUCUGUUUGAAAAAGGAGCAUAAUAAAUUAAAGGAUUCUACAAUUGAUCUUAUUAAUUUAAGCGAAGACCACUGUGACUUAUGGUUUAGACAAUUCAAGAAAAUUUUGGCAGGUUUUUCAAACAGACCAAAGUCAUUAAAAGUACUCCUUAACCCUCAAAGUCAUAAAAAAGAAGCUACCCAGCUCUAUUAUGAGAAGGUUGCACCUCUGUUGACGCUUGCAGGAAUAAAGACUAAUGUAACAAUAACAGAAUAUGAAGGGCAUGCGCUGUCACUGCUUCAGGAAUGUGAACUCCGUGGAUUUGAUGGAGUUGUCUGUGUUGGGGGAGAUGGAUUUGCCAGUGAAGUAGCUCAUGCUUUGCUUCUGAGGGCCCAGAAGAGUGCGGGGAUGGAAGCAGACUGCAUCCUGACCCCAGUCGGAGCACAGCUUCCUCUUGGUGUGAUCCCAGCAGGCUCUACUAAUAUAUUGGCACAUUCUCUUCAUGGGAUCCCUCAUGUGGUAACUGCAACUUUGCAUAUUAUAAUGGGGCACGUACAGCCAGUCGAUGUCUGUACCUUCAGCACUACUGGCAAGCUUCUUCGCUUUGGAUUCUCAGCAAUGUUUGGCUUUGGUGGAAGAGCUUUGGCUCUGGCAGAAAAACAUCGAUGGAUGUCCCCUAACCAACGGAGAGAUUUUGCUGUACUUAAAGCAUUGGCAAAACUUAAGCCAGAGGACCUUGAAAUAUCAUUUUUACCAUUUAAUGGCUCUCAGAAUUUACAAGAAAGGAGGGCACAGGGAUCUCCCAAAUCUGACUGUAAUGAUCAAUGGCAAGUAAUCCAGGGUCUGUUCUUGAAUGUCAGCAUUAUGGCAAUUCCUUGCCUAUGUUCAGUGGCCCCGAGAGGCUUGGCACCUAAUACCAGAUUAAAUAAUGGAAGUAUGGCUCUUAUAAUUUCACGAAACACUUCUCGACCAGAAUUUAUAAAGCACCUGAAAAGAUAUGCCAGUGUAAAGAAUCAGUUCAAUUUUCCAUUUGUUGAGACUUACACUGUUGAAGAAGUAAAACUUCAUCCAAGGAAUAAUAUUAAUGAACAUGAUCCUGAGAAGGAGGAUGAACCUCAUGAACCUGUUCCAGAAAACAGUUUCCCUUGGAACAUAGAUGGUGAUUUAAUGGAAGUGCCAUCAGAGGUCCAUGUUAGAUUGCAUCCAAGACUUAUCAGUCUUUAUGGAGGAAGCAUGGAAGAAAUGAAUGAUUCUAAGGCAACAUGUAAUUGUCUAUAAAUGUGCAAAUGAGAAUUUUAAUAUGAAAGAACAUGGUCACGGUAAACAGAUAUCCUAGUAGAAAUAUCUUAUUUUUUAAAAGAACUGAAAAUUGCUAUUUUUUAUAUUACUAAAAAUUAACUUCUAGGGCUUAAAAACUCAAGGUGAAAAAUGUAAAAUAUACCAAAACAAUUCAAAUUUUGGCCUUUAGAAAGUAUAUAUUGGAACUGAAAAUAAACAUUUCACAUUCUUAAAACUUAAGCAUCUUGAUGAUAAUAUUUAACCUAGCUAAUGCCAAAGUGAAACAAUUUGAUCUGUUUCAUUUUUCAGGCUUUAAGCCAUCAAUUCUGGUGUUAAAUUUGUUAUAAAUUGGUAUGAAGAGACCACAGCUCCAUGAGAAUGCUCUGAUUUUAUUGAUGAGGUAACUAAUCCAGAAAGAUAAAAUUUAAGAUCGCAUAGCUGUUGAGUGAUAUAAAGAAACGUGAUUAUGGUAUGAUUUUGUAAAUAUUCUAUGAAAAUUGAAAACACAAUUGAGUUUUUGUCUUCAACAGUGGUUUUGUUUACUCUUAAAAUCUGUAACAAAGUAAGUAAAAGCUAUAUUUGAAAAGAACCUGGCCCAAUAGGUAGCAGUAUUCCUUCUACACCAGAGAGGAAGGCACAGGGUAUUCAUAGCACUUUGUUUUCAGGGUACUCAAUACCUGAAGCACUGUCAUUUCUGAGUGGAAAAGAACCGACUUUAAAUUUCUUCAGUGAUCAGCCUUGAGAUGGAAAUUCUAAAUUUGGGCUUGAUUUUUUUUUAUCGUUUCCAGACCUCAUCCUGAAGGAACUACUUGGCUUUAAUAAUAAGCAUAAAAAUAGAUUUUUUUUGCUCAAAAGAAGAAUUCUAUCAAAAUAAAAUUCAUUAUAGGUGUUGCUAAAUAGUACCUUGAACAUUGUAUGUUCAGGAGCCUUCAUGUUCAUUGUGAUUAGGUUUCACUGCUUGAUUGAUUCUGCAACGCUGUGCAUUUUUCACUCUCCAUCCCCAAUCAUGGAUCAAAGGCUUCUGAAUGGGUAACUCACAUGAAUUAGGAAGUCUGAGGAACGGGGACAGUUGUUGGCAGUUGAAUCUGUUCUAUCAUCACAGUACAAAUGUUGCCACAGCUUUAUUAAACAAAAAUAGAUGUAGGACAAUCCAGAGGAAAUUAUAUUCUAUAGUUAUCAACUUUUAGUUCAUAUUCAUGAAAUAAAUAUGACAAAUGAUUGUAUUUGCAAAUAAAAAUGCAUUUAAAUUAUUUAAAAUCCAGAAAGAAGCCAGUUCAUUAUAAAAUAGAAUAUAACAAUAUCAACAAAACAUUUUAAAAAAUAUUUCACUAUCACAAACAUUGUGUGGAAAUUGAUGUCACAUUUAUAUUUCAUUGUAUACAAGCCAAAUCAGUAUUCUGUAGCUAUAGUUAAAUUUAUGAAUUUUGUGUCCCCAUUUAAAACUAUUUUUAUACACCUGAUGAAUACAUAGUUGAAGAGGAAAGGUUAUCAUCCAAAUACUUGCAUAUUUGCUUAAUUUGAGGAUAAUUAGUAUUAUAUGCAGUAUAUAACUUUAUGAAUUACAUAGCUUUGAUUUUUUUUAAAUCAUUAGUGAGGUACAGUUUUCCAUAUUCCACUACAUGCAUCGGUGUAUUUCUAGUUCAAAUAUUAGCUAAAGUGCAACAUUCAUAAUCUGCUGUUUGAAAAUAUAAAUUAGAAUACUUAAGUACUGUUGUUUUUUUUAAACAAAAAUUUGAGUAUAUAUGGCUUCUCUGAAUUUACUCCUUAGUAGCUUUGAUAAAAUUGUUAUAGGAGGACUAUAUAAACACACAUUCUUUUUAUAAACACACAUUCUUUUAAAAACAUAUGUACAGGAAGAGGAGAGAAUCCAUAGCCAUAGAUAAACAAUUAUCCAGAAGUCUUCUGUUCAGCCCUAACUUGUAUGCUGGUUUGAGCUUAUCAAGUCCAUAAUACUCACAGCCUACCAAAUAAUGGUUGUUGAAGCAAAAGAAAUUUUACAAAUAAAGGUUUUUAAAGAACA